UGCCCUGGCGUGUCCUUACGUCGCUGCGUCACUCCUACUUGUUCCUUCCCGGUGCGUGCGAGGCGUCCGCUAUCAAACUCACAGAAAUCAUGGCGUCCCUAUCCAUGGCCCCAGUGAACAUCUUCAGACAAGGAGCUGACGAGGAGAAAGCUGAGACCGCCCGUCUGUCGUCCUUCAUCGGUGCCAUCGCCAUUGGAGAUCUGGUGAAGAGCACCUUGGGACCAAAAGGAAUGGACAAGAUCCUUAUCGGAGGUGGCAGGGAGGGAACUGUUACAGUCACCAAUGAUGGGGCCACCAUCCUCAAAGCCAUCGGAGUUGACAACCCCGCUGCCAAAGUGUUGGUUGACAUGUCCAAGACCCAGGAUGAUGAGGUUGGAGACGGCACCACCUCUGUCACGGUAUUGGCUGCUGAACUGCUCAGGGAAGCUGAGCUCCUCAUCGCCAAGAAGAUCCACCCUCAGAUCAUAAUCUCUGGCUGGAGGAAGGCCACCCAGGCAGCCCGCCAGGCUCUGAAGGAGGCUGCUGUGGAUCAUGGUAACGACCAGGUGAAGUUCCAGGAGGACCUCCUGAACAUCUCCCGCACCACCCUGUCGUCCAAGCUGCUGACCCACCACAAGGACCACUUUGCCAAGCUGGCUGUGGAGGCUGUGCUCCGGCUGAAGAGCUCCGGUAACCUAGAGGCCAUCCACGUCAUCAAGAAGCUCGGAGGCAGCCUCAUCGACUCCUACCUGGACGAAGGCUUUCUGCUGGACAAGAAGAUUGGUGUGAACCAGCCCAAGAGGCUGGAGAACGUCAACAUCCUCAUCUCCAACACGGGCAUGGACACCGAUAAGAUCAAGAUCUUCGGCUCCAGAGUGCGUGUGGACUCCACGGCCAAGGUGGCGGAGAUAGAGAUGGCUGAGAAAGAGAAGAUGAAGGAGAAGGUGGAACGGAUCCUCAAGCACGGGAUCAACUGCUUCAUCAACAGACAGCUGAUCUACAACUACCCAGAGCAGCUGUUUGCUGCGGCAGGCGUCAUGGCGAUAGAACACGCGGACUUCUCCGGAGUGGAGCGCCUGGCUCUCGUCACGGGGGGAGAGAUCACGUCCACCUUCGACCACCCCGAGCUGGUGAAGUUGGGCCACUGCAAGCUGAUCGAGGAGGUGAUGAUCGGCGAGGACACUCUGAUCCACUUCUCAGGAGUGGCCAUGGGUGAGGCGUGUACCAUCGGUGCUGCGAGAUGGAGCCACACAGCAGAUCCUGGACGAGGCCGAGAGGUCUGCUCCACUGCGCCCUGUGCUGUCCUGGCUCAGACCGUCAAGGAGACACGUACCAUCAUCACGGAGGAGGCUCUCAGGACACCGGGCAAAGAGGCUGUGGCCAUGGAGUUCUCUGUCUGGAGGGCUCUUAACAGGAUGCUGCCCACCAUCAUCCUGCUGUUAUGGAGGGAUAACAGAUAUGAACCAGGGUACCAUCCAGACAUGUCAGAGAUGGGGGUGACUGAGAGCUUCCAGGUCAAGAGGCAGGUCCUGUGUCUUCCAGGCUGCAGAGAAUCCUCCGUCGACAACAUCAUCCUGUCUGAGGGAUAA